AUGCAUCGGAAAGCCCCUAUCGGAUUAAUUGAGUUGGUAUCUGCUGAUACUACUACUCAUUCUCACAAUUUACGUAGUCGUACUCAAUGUAAGCUACCGACACUCACAAGGGGUUUACAAGUUUUCGAGAAAUCAUUCAUACGAACAACGUACAAACUGUGGAAUGAAAUUCCGCUUGAACUACGGACGAUUGGUCGAUGUAAUCAGUUCAAAGUACGUCUUCUUCACUGGAAACAAAAUAAAUACUUGCCAAGUAUUUAUCGAAUUUCACAUAUUGUCGAUAGAACUAAUGAGAUUAACUUUUGUCGAAUGCGAAUUGGUUUUUCACAAUUAAAACUCGAUCUGUUCACACAUACACUAGUCAGUGAUCCAUCAUGUUCAUGUGGCGCGGAUGAAACUGUUGCCCAUUUCUUUUUAAAAUCGUCGAAAUUAUGCGCAGGCAAGGAUAAAGAUGAGAAGGAAAAUGGUAGAAUUAACUGUCAACAAAUUUGA